UACAGCAGUAAGGAGACAGACCGCCUUAAAGAGCAAGCUCCCUGCCCGUGGCAGAGUUAGACUAAGACGUAGAGGCAGAGGGGAUAAUAUCGUAUCUGUGAAGCUCAGCUCACUCUUCGCAUAGAGAAAUCAUCCGUAAACCACAGACUUUUGACAAAGGGUUCCCAAACAUGGCUCUGGUUGAGAUUAUGCGUCUUUGGAGCGAGGGGGUAGUAGCUGCAGAAAAGGGGGAUUGGAAUGACGCCCUGAAAUGUUUCACCUCCAUCUCAGACCCUCGAGCCAAAAUUUGCUUCAACAUUGGUUGCUGCCAUCUUGUCCUGGGAAAUUUACAACUGGCUGAGGAGGCAUUCACAUUAACCAUAGAAAGAGACAAGCAUUUGGCUGUAGGAUAUUUCCAACGUGGCCUGGUCUUCUUCAAGAAUGGCAAGUACAUGUCAGCACUACAGGACUGGGUGCGGACCUUCACAGAAAUGCGUGGGAACCAGCUGAUUGACUACAAAAUCCUGGGGAUGACCUUCCAGCUCUACAGCUGUGAGAUUUUGUAUAAUAUCGCUCUGGCGCAUGCCAAACUUGGAGAAUGGGCCAAAGCUGAAGAAAAUCUCCUUCAAGCUCUGAGUCAGAAAUCAGAGCCCCGACACAGCACCAAGAUUGAUAAAGCUCUUCAAAACAUCUUGAAACAAAAAGAUUUUCCUCUGGCGCAAAUGCCAAAGGGAAAGAUGUUCCAGCCCAAUGAGAAGCUGAUUGAGCAGCUGGAUAAGAGAGAUUUCUUGGGCAAAGCUUCGGUUGUAGCUUCUGUGGUUGAUAAGGACAGUUUUUCUGGUUUUGCUCCUCUGCAACCUCAGACCAGAAACCCCCCACCUCGUCCAAAAGCCCCUGAAGUCCUCACGACAUUGCAGGGGGAGCCACACAGAGUCCUGUUUGAGUUUAAUCCCGAGACCUCAGAAGAAAUACAGGUUAUGCCAGGAAACAUUGUGUUUCUCGUCAUGAAAGGAGCAGACAACUGGGCCACUGUCAUGUUCAAUGGAAAGAAAGGCAUCGUACCAUACAAUUAUCUGCAGCCAGUGGAACUGCGCUUUCAACAAACUCAGCCGGCUGCAUCACAGGAAGAAGUCCCCUCAACCAGUGUCCCACCAGAGCAGAUAGACAUCCCAGCACCACCGACUAUUGUACCCCCUGCGAGACCUAACAUUAAAUCCAGUACCAAUGAGAAGCAGAAAACAGCAUGUUCGGAACAUCUUUACAUGGUUAAAGUUUACUACAAAUACACAGUAGCAAUACAAACACCACACAAGCUUGCAUAUGAAGAUCUUCUGUUACUGAUCAGCAGCAAAUUGAAGUGUACGCCCUGCAGUAUCAAGCUCAGUUUCAAAGAUGGAGAUGCUGAUGUAACACUGAAUAAGGACAACAUAGAAAAAGCUUGGGAGUUAAUCACAGACAAUUGCCUGAAACUGAAGUGCACCGAUCUAGAGGCAGAGGAAUCCCCUGUGGUUAUAGAGGAGGUCGACGGUCAAAAUACUCUCCCAGAUCAGGGAAACACAGAAAUCCAUGUGACUGCUCUGUUUGACUAUGAGGCUUCACAACCAGAAGAUUUGUCUUUUAAGAAAGGAGCAAUUAUUAAAGUACUGUCUAAAGUUUCCAAGGAUUGGUGGGAAGGUGAACAUCAGGGAAAAGUGGGAAUCUUUCCAACGGCGUUUGUAAAAUAAAA